AUGCCCUUGUUUCUGCGCCUCAUUAUCGUUCUUAUCGUCUCCGCGCUACCCGCCCGUCUGUCCUGUUCGGGCAAUCUGCUUGGCUGCAGUCCAGUCAGCACACUCUCUGUCCCUGUCUGUUCUAUAUAUACCUUGAUCUACCUGCUUGGGAGCUGGACCCCACCAGCUAUCGCAAGGGAUGUCCGUGCACCGCGAGAGCUCGCUGGCAGCUCUGGGGGGCAAUCUCGGCAGUCGGCUGCGCUGGGCACCGCCAUUGGUGGCAAGCGCGCUGCUUGGAUGCUCGCUGGGGCCUGCUGGGCGGUGAAGGUCGCAGCUUCCCUGGUUGAGUCCAACUCCGAAGGCUCGGUCGCUGCUGCCGCCCAAGCGCCUGCCCUGCCCGCCCGCAGCUCACCGCCCUCGCUUCCCGUUCCAACAAAACUGCUCCCCUCCCCCGUCUUCCCCAGCCUGACUGCCCUCGGCCUGAAGAAUGCCAUCCUCCGCCCCGAAGUUGCCUGUUCCCUUCCUUCUUGCCUGUCCUGUCGGCCUGGAUCUUGUCGUGAUUGCCCUCUGGGCGGCUUGACUCCAGGGCUUCAUCCUAUCACCUGCUGCAUCCGCCUCUCAGCGGUUCGGCAGUCAUUGCACCAUUCACAUUCUGCCUUGUCCAUCCCGCUUUUUCUCCCCUUGUGUCUCUCAUCUCGAAUCUGCGUUCUUCACGAGCCAUAUAUUGGAAAUCUAACAUCUAAUCGCCUUCCUGAUUCUGCAGCCGCAAGUUCUCCGUAUCUCACUUUUUUCCCGCUGGCGCCACAUAAAGCCUGCCGGGCGACCAAACACCCGCACCUCCGUCUCGCUAAGUCAUCCCGUCUUACCCGCUGCGUCAUCUGCGACUUCCCGCGAUUCCCAGUUGUCAACCAGCAGACAAGCGAGGCUCGCUCUGUCUGUACGGUUCUCGAUUCCCAACUGAGCCCACCUCCACUUGCUUGGCACACUCGUGGAGAACAGGCUCCCAAGGGUCUACCAACUUGCUCCCGAGGGUAUAUUCUAGCCAAGAGAUCUUCCUUGCUCGCUCCGCAGAGAGUUGGCCUUCUAAGUCGGGAUAUGGCGGAGGCCAGUUUUGUGAAGAGUGAACCACAAGACCAGAACGGAAAUUCAAACCAUUUCGCAAUGUCUCAAUCUGGAUACACAAUGUCGAACCAACAGUUUGACUCCAACUUUGGAAACGGGAAUGGGAACGAAGGCGUGGAUCCCUCCAACCUGACCAUGCAAAAUGGCAUGUUCAUGCCCUACUCCUUUGGCUCGCAGCAAAAUCUGUCUACAAGCUUCAACCUGGGAAAUUCCGGAAUUGGUACGGAUGAGCUUCUCGAUCUCGACCUCAACGGACAGAACGGGAUGCAGCACAACGAUGGGAUGGGCUUCGUCCAGGACCAGCAUCAAAACCCGGUCUUGUCCAUGAGCCAUCAGAGUCAGAUGACGCAAAUGUAUUCUCAUACCCCCGAUGGCGCACCCAUUCAGAGUCCUUUCAUCAACGGGAGCUUCAAUUACGAUCAAUUCCAACCCAUGAAUCCGCAGUCUCAAAGUACUCCGUCGCAGCUGCAGAACGCAAAUAACCACUUUGACCAGAAUUUCCUAAAUACCAACAAGGCUCGGUCGAGUCUGCAGGUUCUGGAUCGUUCGUCUUCUGAUGGCCGUACCCCGAUGACUCCUAAGACUCCCGGCCUUGGUGGUCUGACCCUGGGCACUCCGGAGUCAGGGAGCUUUCCUUCCCAGCCGAUCCGCGCGACCAAUCUGCAGCAUCGUCAUCAGAAGACCCUAUCCAACCAAUGGGAUGGUACUCCAGGAAGCGCACACUCGUUUGUCGAGUCCCCAAUCUCAUCCCCAGGCCAUCAUUCCCACCACGCGGGCAUCUCCGAGAUCCUAAAGUCCGGCAAGCAUGCUUCACUGCCUGCCAAGGUGGAUGCCCAGACUGCCCAGGCUCUUGAAUCCCAGGAAGCCAAGCGGCGGCGGCGGCGGGCUUCCCACAACAUGGUAGAGCGCCGACGGCGCGACAACAUUAACGAGAGAAUUCAGGACUUGUCGCAUCUCGUCCCGCAGCAUCGGCUGGAAGAUGACAAGGUGCGGAAACAGCUCAUGAACAACUCGGCCCUGGGUUCGGCCACCAGCUUGAGCCCACCGAAUGCGACCUCUCUCCUUGCCGGAGGCAGCGGCCGUCGAGCCACGGCUGGCAACAUCACCAUGGGUCUUCCCAUUGAGGAGAAAGAGAAAGGACCCAACAAGGGCGAUAUCUUGAACGGCGCAGUCGGCUGGAUGAGGGACCUCAUGUGGGCCCUCCAUACGAAGAUUCAACAGGAAUCUGAGUUGGCUGAGUUGAUCACGAGCCUCGGUGGGACUUGGCCCUUUGAACAGACGGAAGAAGAGAAGAGAAUGCGCACGGAGCUGCUCGAUGCCAUGGAAAAGAAUGAUCCAAGUACCUUCCAGUAUAGUCGAGGUCCAGGGAGUGGCCUUCGAGUCCCGAAGCACACGAACUUGGCAGGCGAGCCCCUCCAAAAUACCGAAACCACGAGUCCAAGUCUGAGUCCUGGAUUCAACAGUGGCGGGAGCGGUACCAACAGUGGUGGAGGCGGUCAGUCUCAGUUCUGGAGCGGCUCUGGUAACGUUGACAUGAGCUUGAAGGAAGAAGAUGAAUACUCGAUGGAGAUGAAUUAG